AUGCCUGGCGCAAGUUUCGAGAAAUCUGUCAAGGGGGCAACAAAGACUAAAAAUGCCGCCCCAAAGUCCAAAUAUAUCGAACACAUCCUUACCGCAACCUACAACGAGGCCGGCGUUGCUGAGAUCUUUCGAACCCUCCAGUUUCGCAUACGGGAUUCAACAUGGACCAUCGUGUACAAGGCCCUUAUCGUUGUUCACAUGAUGAUCCGCGAAGGUUCGGCCGGUGCCGCGUUGAAAUACCUUUCUCAGAAUCCAAAGAGAUUGGCCAUCACUAGUAUAUCCGAGUUCCAGGCGCAAGGAGCCAAUAUUUGGAGAUACUCCGAGUAUCUCGUUGCUCGGGCAAAUGCCUACGCGGAAACGAAAACGGAUUUCGUGCGGGGCGGACAGGGACGGCUAAAACGACUUGCCAUUAAUAAAGGUCUAUUGAGGGAAACGGAAAUUGUGCAGAAGCAAAUUCAUGCUCUGUUAAAAUGUGAUAUCUUAAUGGACGAGCCGGAGAAUGAAAUCAGUUUAACGGCAUUCCGAUUGCUGACAUUGGAUCUAUUAACACUUUAUUCUGUGAUGAAUGAGGGAACUAUUAAUGUUCUAGAGCACUAUUUUGAAAUGUCACGACCAGAUAGCGAACGUGCCUUAAAGAUAUACAAACGGUUCAGCGCUCAGACAGAGGAGGUCGUGAGAUUCUUGCGUAUCGCGCGUCAGUACGAAAGCGCAACACGCCUGGAAAUACCGAAUUUGAAACAUGCAUCGACCGAUUUGUCCAAACUUCUCGAAGAUGACCUUAAUGAUCCCGACUUUGACCAGCGACGACGUGAAUAUCGCUCCCAAAAGUUUGGAAGUAGCAGCGUCGAAAAGGAAAAGGGCCUUGUGAGAAGCAGAUCAGUAUCAGCGCCACAGAAACCCAAACCCACUGUUCAACCAGCAGUUCCACAAUCAGCAACUCCGAAGUUAGAGGUUAAGAUCUCAGGUCCAAAUCUUCUUGAUUUCUUCGAUGACGAGCCUCAGCCGCAGCAGCAGCAGUUGUCCAUGCCUCAACAAAGUCCCCAUCAACAGUUUAACCCCCAAAACUUGCAGUUCAAGCAACAACAGCAAUUCCAACAAACGGGCUUCCAACCACAGCCGAUCGGCUUCAACGUACAGCAAAACAACUUCCAACAGCAGCCGCAGCAGCAUUUCACUCCAGCAUCAGACUUUGGUCAACAACAGACGGGCUUUGUCGGUCAAUUUGAACAAUCAAAUUCCAACCCUUUCGGCCAAAACCAGCCGCAGCAGCAAUCACAAUCUCUCCAAUCACUCCAGCCAAACCACUCUGGCUCCGGAUUUGGCGGUUAUGCCCCCCAGCCACAGCAGCACACCUUCCAAACAAUUCUCUCCAGCAUCCCACAAAAGAGUGUUCCCUCCUUCCAGCAAACCAUGCUGACCGGCAGCCCCGCUGGAGGAAGCCGCCCCAACAACCCUUUCCGCCAAUCCAUGCUCCCCCCAUCCACUCCAGAAAACACCAGUCCCACAACCACGGACACUGCCUCUCUUCUAAAGCGCCAAUCCACCAACCCCUUCGCCAAGCGCAUGACAACUCAAAGCCCACAAUUCGCCAACGGGUUCCCCAAGUCCCUUCUCCUCGCAACCACCCACACAGCCAUUGCCACAAUUACCAUCACAACAAGAACAACAACUCCUACCCCUCCAACCCCAGCCAACAGGAACGAACCCCUUCUCACGACCGCAGACAGCACCAGACUCGCAACUACAAUUCUCGAACACGACGAGACUCACAGCAGCAUCCCUCCUCCCGAACCCGACAGUCAGCACUAA